AUGGACGAGAGCUCCAAGGAGGCAUUGAUGGAGGAGGCACCUCCGAGUUACACAGCCUCCUCCCGCCCGCCCUACAGCCCCCCCCAGCUGAAGUCCUUGCUGGUGGUGGUGCUGGUGGUGCUGGUCCUCACGGUUGUCAUUGUCACCUUCCUCCUCCUGGGGCUGCACAUCACCGAGACCCACGCCGAGACGGUUUUGAGGAUGACCAUCCAGGGUUUGGAUGGAGAGGGGACACCCCCCCAGCACCUCUCCAUGAGCAAGAAGGAAAGGACCGGGACCUUCGCCGUGCAGGAUGGGCUCAACGCCUCUGCCGUGGUGGUUUAUGACUACAGCAAGCUGCUGGUCAGCUACAGGUCCUGGAGUCACCGUGCCUGCUACAUCACCCGCAUGGACAAGGACAACAUCCCCGGGCUGGAUGCUGUCACCCAAACCUUCCAGCACAGGCAGGCUGAGAUGAAGGAGGUUGGGGACAAUGUGGUGGCCUUGGCCGACCGCUCCAUCCUGGGCACCACCGUCAACAUCCUCUGCAGCUCUGUCCCUGUCUACUGGGCAUAGUGACCCCCCCCAGGGGGACAGGAUGGUGACGUGGGGAUGGCACCGUCCCCAUGCUCCCCAGGGAUCUCUCCUCCUCCUCCCUGUCCCUGUCCCCUGCGUGUCCCCAAGGGGGUGCUCUGUCCUCAGAGGCUCAGCACCGCGGCGCUCCCACAGCACUUGCAAUCAUCAUCACUAAUAAUAAAUAAUAAUAAAGUGGGA